AUGCAGAUUGGCUCCACGACCUGCCAUCCAGCUUGCCAUCGCUUCGCGCUACCAACAGCCUUUGUAGCGAAGCUCGCAAGAAGAAGCACUUGCAUGAGUUCAUGCUCGGCGGACCAUAUGACAAGAUAUUAUGACCUCGGCUUGAUCAUUAUCGGCAUCGGUAUCGAUCGGCAUCCUUCCCUGCGCUUCUUACAUGGGCAUCCUCGGUAUGUUGAUGCUUCGUCGAUCUUCAGUUUACGACCUAAUCCACCAUUCAGGAUGUGCUCCGACGGAUACGAGCGCAACAAAACGGUCCUCAAGAAGGGCGACUCGAGACGCGUUGGUAGCUCGGAUUGGCCUCGCCGAACCCGCGAUCUCAAUUGA